GGGCUUUAUAAGCUCGGUGGCCGCCCUCGAGACAGCCGGUGCCGCUGGGUAAGGAGGUGCCAUUGGCCCCUUUGACCUGCUCUGGAGUGGAUGAACUUGAAAUCCUCCUCAGCUUUCCGGUCGGAGCACAGCUUCCACCACCACAGCCGCUCCUCGUCGCCCGCCUGCCCCAUGGAGCUUUUUGGGAGCUUCGCAAGGCCCCACGAGCCGAUGGGCUUCCCAGCUCGGCCUGGCACCAAUGGCAACGUGAAGACCCUGGGCAACACCUACCAGUUCACAGUGGACGUCAGCGACUUCGCCCCUGAGGACAUCAUUGUCACCACCUCCAACAACCACAUUGAGGUGCACGCUGAGAAGCUGGCCGCGGAUGGCACCGUCAUGAACACCUUCACCCAUAAGUGCCAGCUGCCCGAGGAUGUGGACCCCACGUCAGUGUCAUCCUCGCUGGGGGACAACGGCACGCUGACCAUCCGCGCCAUGCGGCAGCCGGCUAAACACACCGAGCACGUCCAGCAGACCUUCCGGACUGAGAUCAAAAUCUGAGAGGCUGGGGCCAGCGCCGGGGAUGGGCUUUUUCCCUGCCCUGUGGGUCAGUGUGUGGGGUGCUCCCUUAUUUAUCUAGUUGUCUGUCUGCUCUCUGGCAAGCUGGCUGCCACCCUGCUGGUUUGGGAUGGAGGGGAUGCUGUGGAGGGGAUGGGAGUGCUCCCCGCAGGCUCCCUAGGAGGUAUGAGGUGAAACCCGCACACAGCAUGAGCAUCCCUCACUGCAGAACCCCCAAGAACUGCAGGCAUCAUUUUGGGGCUGGAUUGGGAAGACCUGGAGGUCCCACAGCAGUCGUGGUGGCGGUGGUGGUUGUGGGUUUGCCUGCAGGACGGAUACGAGGAGCGAGGCCGGGGAGGAGCCCUUCCCUGACCCUCUGCUGGAGCUUUUCUUUGUAUAUACAGCUUGUACUGGGUUGUGAGAGAUAACUGAGAACUGCUGUCUCCUUUCA